AGUUAUCUGAAGACCUUUUCGUCAAUAGAUAAAAAAAGAAAAGAUAUUUUUCAUUCAAGAUGAAUGGAGAUAAGCAGGAGUCGUCUUUUGUUCUUCCGGGACAUCCCAGCAAGUGCACUUGGAGUCUUGAAUCUAAAGCUGAAUUUGGACACAAACUCUUUGGAACUUCUAAGUCAGCUAGUUCCAGUGUAUUACCAGAUAUUUUACAUGCUAUUGGGAAUACACCACUGAUACGUCUCAAUAGCAUUCCAUCUAAAGAAGGCAUCAAAUGUCAAAUGUAUGCAAAGUGUGAAUUCCUGAAUCCGGGGGGAAGUUUAAAAGAUAGAAUAGGUUAUCGUAUGGUGCAGGAAGCUGAAGAAAAUGGACUUUUAAAACCGGGUGCUACUAUUAUUGAACCAUCUUCUGGAAAUACAGGAAUAGGAUUAGCUUUGGCUGCUGCUGUAAAAGGAUAUAAGUGUAUCAUAGUAAUGCCUUGGAAAAUGUCACAAGAAAAAGUAAGUACUUUAAAGGCUCUAGGGGCAGAAAUUGUCAGAACACCCACUGAAGAACCAUACGAUUCUCCGAAAGGUUUAUUUGGUGUUUCACAAAGAUUGUGUCGAGAAAUUCCUAAUUCUAUUAUUCUAGAUCAGUAUAAAAGUCCUUCUAAUCCAUUGGCUCAUUAUGAAGGCACAGCUUCUGAAAUGUGGACACAGACCAAUGGCAAUAUUGAUAUGGUUGUUGUUGGUACAGGAACAGGAGGUACUAUUUCAGGCAUUGGACGUUGCUUGAAAGAAAAACGCAAAGAUAUUACCAUUGUUGGAGUUGAUCCAUAUGGAUCAAUACUUGCUCAACCACCAGAAGUAAAUGAAACUGAUGUUAAAAUGUAUCAUGUUGAAGGGAUUGGUUAUGACUUCAUCCCAACUGUUUUAGAUCGCAGUGUAGUGGACAAAUGGAUAAAAACAAGUGAUAAGGAAUCUUUAGUAAUGGCCCGUCGAUUAAUUAGAGAGGAAGGAUUAUUAUGUGGUGGGAGCAGUGGUGCUGUGAUGGUCGGAGCUUUAAAGGCUGCUGCUCAUCUGGAUGAAAAUAAACAUGUUGUAGUUGUUUUAGCUGAUGGUAUCAGAAACUAUUUGACAAAGAUGGUUGAUGAUGACUGGAUGAAAGAUAAAGGGUUCUAUGAUUGACCAAAGUCAAUUAUUUUUUCUUCCUAAAGAAAUGUUCUAUACACAUCACAGUUUAUAAAUGUUACCUUAUAAAUGAAAUUGUAUCAUUGUUGCACUGAUUAUUAAAAUAUCAAUAAAUAAAUUUUAUAUUUUUAUGCUGUUUUAUUGUGUGUUAUUUAAUUUGUUUGAAUUGAUACUCUAAAUUAUAAUUAAAAUACCGUAAAAUUUGAAAGAAAAUAAAAAUAUUGGAAUUUAAAAAUUAAAAUAUUGUAUUCCUUUGAGCUUAAAAAUAAAAAUUGUAUUAUAUUGUU